UACUCGACCUUUCCUCCGAGCCUAAUCACCUCAGCUAGCUUCCAUGGCUUCCAACAACGUGGCCUCCGAGGUGAACGGCGCCGUCACCAACCUCAACGACCACCUCGCCUCCGGCGACGAGGCCAGCGGGAAGACCAACACCAUCAUCACGCUGGCGGGGGAGAACCACGGCGCGGCGAUGGAGGCGGCUGACGCGGAGGACCUCGUCGUUGUUGAGGCGGGUGGCGGCGACCACGACGGGGACGACGAUGGUGAGGACGAGGAGGUGGAGGUGAGCGCCUACACCAACAGCAACUACCAGGCGGUGAACAACUCGGUGCUCGUCGCCGGCAGCUGCGCCGUCAGGGACCCCGGUGUGCACGUCGUCAUCGUCGAGCACGUCGACCACAUCCGCGACUGCGAGAUCUUCGAGGACGGGGAGGAGGUGGAGAAGUGAAGUGGUACAGGUGCAAGGUGACGCUGAAUCGAUGGAGGAUGGUCGUGAGUUACAGGAGCUCGUGUGCACGUACGUACGUCCUGCUUGUAGUCAAUUUGGUCGAUGUCGGUCGCUACUACUCUGGAACAGUAUUUGAUUUGUAUAAGCGUUUGGUCAUGCAUAUAUGCAUGUUUAUGGUUUAAUUGCGUUUAUAUGUAUUCGUCCUAGUGUCAUACUACAAACAUAUUUGUAUGUUA